AUGUCUCCCACCUUCAACGCUCUGAUCCGCACCCAUCACAUAACUUCUCGCAAGAAAGUUGCAAAACUCCGCGCCGCGGCUUCGAGCUACAAUGUUUACGCCCUGCUCCGCUAUGGCGGUUGUCCCGGCAUCAUGUACUGCCAAGGGAAAGAAUCAGGUGUAAGAGACUGGGUAUCCACCGUGCAAAGGCUACGUUACAAAGACUUCCAACUUGUCAAAAAGCCGAGCGAGAAAUUGCCUGAAAGUUCUAAGGGAGACGUGUCAUACGGGAAAGCAGAGGAGGUGGAAAGCGUCAAGGAUUUUGGAGCGAAAAUACAAGAGCUGGGUGUUUGGGCCUGGUGGAGGAAAGGAAUGGGGUAUGUCAACGAGGAUUGA